CCUUCCCAUUAGUAACUCGGUGCGCACACGCUCGGCACUCAGUCACGCGCGCUCCCUUGCACUGGCGCACGGACGGCAGAUGACACACAUGCUCCCUGCAUGGUUGCGCAGGCACGCGAUGGAUGCAUGGAUGGAUGUAGGGCUUGAUGGAUGGAUGGAUCAAUGCUUCUGCUUGAUUGUAUAGAGUGUAGCUGUCGUCCUCCUUGCCGCGCCGGAUGCCGCCGUCGUCCUCGCCGCGCCGGACACUGGACGGCUCGCUCUCGGCACCGAUGGCACCGUUCAUCCCUCCUAUGGUGCCUGGCCAAGCGUCCGCCGCCCGACGCCCGCAAGCACAGGCUUGCACACACAUUAGCAGUGCACAUGCGAGCUGCUCGAGCUGGACCGAGCCAGAGGCAAAACGAGCCGAGCCUCCAAAAACAGGCUCGUUCAACCAACGAGCCGAGCCGAGCUCGGCUCGCUUUAGGCGAGCCAAAGGCCGGCUCGGACUGAACUCGGCUCGGCUCGGCUCGUGUCCAGCCCUACGUGUUUAGUUAUGUGUGUGUUUGUUUUGAUUGUGUGAAUCCUAAUUAUGCAGAGCUUGAGUUUAUGCUUAUUGUGUUUGUAUCCAUUUGAUGCUUCGUUUGAGUUAAUAAAACCCACACAUUCUCUUAAAAAAAGAAGUAGCUGCGAUAGAGUUGGUUUGUGGUAGAUCACCUUCAUUUCAAGCCCGGCCGGUUGCUGAGCAAAUCAAGGCAGCAGAUGGCGCGAUUAGUUGCUAGCAGUCGACAGUCGUCAUGCAUUAGCUAGAGAGACCAUACUGAUUAGUCAAUUCUGUUAGCAAAGCCUCACCGCACUCCAUCAAACGACCGAGAUCUCCAUUUUUCCUACCUACUAUAUGAAAAUCAUGAACAUUCCGUACAAAGUCAAACACGCACACAACUUUAAGGAAUUAUUAGUUGACGACGCUGGCUUUCUUAAUUUAAUGAAUAAUGAUCAUCUUUGUUUGCGCAACUCUAGGUUUGCUGGAACUGGAAUUGAGCCUGGCGACGAGGUAACUGAGUGGGCUAUAUAAGCACUACCCGACGUGCCUUGUGUCCUCACCCCUCGCUCUUCACACAGAUCGUCGAUUUAUCCCGCUCAGACUUAGUCAGCCAAUUAAGCUGAUUUGUAGCUUGGUCUAACGUCUGCAGAAACAGUACGUCGUCGAUCGUACGUAAGUAUGGCUUCCCGCAGCUGCUUCUCUGUGGCGUGUGCUGUCGCAGUGAUGGCGUUUGCCAUCUUAGCCACGGCGAGCAAUGCGCAGCCGCUGGACCCUCAUUUCUACGACAAGUUGUGCCCGGCGGCGCUCCCCGCCAUCAGGAAGGCCGUCGCGGUGGAGCCGUGCAUGGGUGCCUCGCUCCUGCGCCUGCACUUCCACGACUGCUUCGUCAACGGGUGUGAUGGGUCCAUCCUGCUCGACGACACGCCCUUCUUCACCGGCGAGAAGAACGCCGCGCCCAACCUGAACUCCAUUCGCGGCUUCGACGUCAUCGAUCGCAUCAAGGACGCCGUCAACGCCGGCUGCGGAGGAAACGUGGUGUCCUGCGCUGAUGUUGUGGCCGUCGCAGCACGUGACUCCGUCAUCACGCUGGGAGGGCCGUCGUACGACGUGCUUCUGGGUCGGAGGGACGCGCGGGGGGUGAGCCAGGGGGCGGCGAACAACAUCAUCCCGGCGCCGACCUUCGACCUCGAUCGCCUCAUCUCCAACUUCGCCUCGCACGGCCUCACUGUGCAGGACCUGGUCGUGCUCUCCGGCGGCCACACUCUGGGCUUCUCCCGCUGCACCAACUUCCGUGACCGCCUAUACAACGAGACAGCCACAUUGGACGGCUCCCUCGCCGCGCAGCUCAGGGGCCCCUGCCCGCUCGCCGGCGGCGAUGACAACCUCGCGCCGCUUGACCCGACGCCAGCGCGGUUGGACGGCGGGUACUACGGCUCGUUGCUGCGCAGCAGGGGGCUGCUGCACUCGGACCAGCAGCUGUUCGCUGGCGGCCUCGGCCCCACGGACGCGCUCGUUAGGUUCUAUGGCGCCAACCCGGAGGCGUUCAGGAGGGACUUCGCGGAGGCCAUGGUGAGGAUGGGCGGCCUCAGCCCGCUCACCGGGAGCAACGGCGAGAUCCGCGCCAACUGCAGGAAGGUGAACUACUAGUAUGCGCGCACAACUGAGACGGAACAUAGUCAAACAGUGUUCUUGGUUUUUUUAGUUGUCUUUUGUGGCUUGUAUUUAGUAUUGUGGAUUCUUGGGCUCUAGCAUUUAUUCGACUCCGUUUGUGGGGUUUUGUCGGUGGAAACAAUGUUCCGGGUCGUAUAUACAUUAUUGUACUGUUCUUUC